ACUGGUUCCUCUACUAUUUCACCACGGUAUGUGCAGAACUUCCCCUUUUCUCUCCAUCUGUUACCUUCUUUCUUUCUGCUGCUCAUGCGUCAAAUAGCAUUCACUUUCCUUUGUAUUCUGUGUUCUUGAUUUCGAAAAAUUCUCUAGCUCUGUUGCCCUUCUCAUCUAUCCUUGAAUUUCGUUGCACUUUCUUGCUUGCAUCUGUUGUUACCCACCACAAAAAAAGAAAGAAACAAAAUAGGAAAUGGCCCUGGAUCCCAUUCUUGCUAUUGUUCCGAUGAUUGUCGAGUACACUUUCGUCCCCGUCAAGCGACACCUCAGUUACGCUUUCAACUGCGGAAGCAAGGUUGAAAAACUGAAGAAUCAGGUUGAGAACCUAAAAAAUCAGAGAGAUGGUUUGAAGCCGCAUGUUGAUGAAGCUACGAGGCGAGGAGAUGAGAUCUAUGCUAAUGUUCAAAACUGGCUGACCAGUGUGGACGAAGCUAUUGGGGAGGCUGAUGAUCUCGUCGAUGAAGAACAAGCAAGGGAAAGCUGUUUCUUGGGAUUGAUUCCCAAUUUGAAGAAGCGUUACAAGCUGAGCAAGAAAGUAGAGAAGAAAGCUCAAACAGUUGCUGAGCUUCGGGAGAAAGGCAAAUUUGAUCCCGAUCGAAUUGCCUGCCGCCCUCCUCUUUGGCAAAUAGUGCCUCCAUCUGUCUAUAAUAAUGAAGAGUUGCAUUCAAGGAUUUCUAUCUUGGAGAAAGUUAUGAAUGCGCUGAGGGAUCCUGCAUUUAACAUGAUAGGAGUGUAUGGUCUGGGUGGUGUCGGAAAAACCACUCUAGCAAAAGAAGUCCGAAGGAAAGCAAUAGAAGACAAGUUAUUCGAUGUUGUACUUAUGGGUACUGUGUCUGAAACACCGGAGCUUCGAAAAAUUCAAGGGACGUUCGCAGAUAUGCUGGGCCUAGAAUUAAAAGAGGAGACUGAAGAAGGGAGAGCAUGUCGAUUGCGUCAACGAUUACUGCAGGAGAAGAAGAUCCUCGUGAUUUUGGAUGAUAUUUGGGAACAACUCGAACCGGAGAAACUAGGAAUUCCUUUUGGGAAUGAUCACAAAGGAUGUAAAAUAUUUCUGACCUCCAGAAGAGAAGAUAUAUUGUCCCGAGACAUGGGCACCCAAGAAAGUUUUGAGCUUCGAGUUCUAUCAGAAGCAGAGGCGUGGAGUUUAUUUGUGACAGUGGUUGGUGAUGUUACGAAUCAGGACUUGCGCUCUAUAGCAACUGAAGUAGCAAAAAAAUGUGCAGGUUUGCCCGUCUUAAUUGUUACAGUUGCAGGAGCUUUGAAAAAUCGGGACUUGAACGAAUGGAAUGUUGCUUUGGAAGAGUUAUCUAAGGUUGACAAUGAAGGAAUUCAGUCAAAAGUAUACGCAACUCUGAAGUUGAGCUACAACCAUUUGGCUAGUGAAGAACUGAAGUCUUUUUUCUUGCUUUGUGCUCAAAUUGCUCAGAGUGAUAUUCAAAUCGGGGACUUGCUGUUGUACAGUAUGGGUUUGGAUUUGCUUAGAAGCAAGGAUACAGUGGAGUAUGCAAGAAACAGAGUAUAUAAAUUGGUAAGAGACCUCAAAGCCUCUUGCUUGCUAUUAGACGGUGACAGGAAUGGAUCUCUGAAAAUGCAUGACGUUGUUAGGGAUACUGCUCUCGAUAUUGCAUCUAAAUCUCAACACCCAUUCACAUUCAGAGAUGUAGUUGAAACAAAAGAAUGGCCAAACAGGGAUUUCAGAAGCUGCUCCAGAAUCGCUUUGCCUUCCUGUGAAAUCCAUGAGCUUCCUGAACGGUUGAGUGCCCAAAAUUAGAGUUACUUGUCCUCGGAAGGGGAUCUAUUCAUUCGGAAGGCCCUGAUUUGAAUAUCUCUGAUAUAUUUUUUGAAGGGAUUACAAAGCUUAAAGUACUCCAUUUCACUGGGAUGUGUUUACGGUCCCUGCCUCCAUCUCUUGGUUACUUAACAAACCUUCUUACUUUGUGUUUAGAUGAAUGUGUAUUGCGGGAUGCAUCUGUGAUAGGUGAACUGAAGAGAUUAGAGGUCCUCAGCUUUCGUAGAUCUAUGAUAGAAGAGCUGCCAAGAGAAAUAGCGCAUUUAACUGGGCUGAAAUUGUUAGAUCUGAGCGACUGUGACAAACUCAAAGUCAUUCCGGCAAAUGUCAUAUCAAGGUUAUCCCUAUUAGAAGAACUGUAUAUGCUGGAGAGCUUUGGUCAAUGGGAGCUUCAAGGUCUCAACAGUUCAAACAAUGCAAGCCUUGCUGAAUUGAAAAACCUGUCUAGGUUGACAGCGUUGGAAAUAGAUGUUCCAGAUGUCAAGAUGUUACCGAAAGACUUAUUCUCUAAUAAGUUGGAAAGGUAUGAUAUUGUUAUCGGAAAAAAGAGGAUUCGGUUUAAUGAGUAUUUAUCCUCAAGAAGGCUGAGGAUUCGGCUUAAUACAGACAUUCAUCUGGAUCAUGGAGUUGAUUUGUUGCUCAAGAAAGCAGAAGUUCUAUAUCUAGAUAAUGUGAAGGGGAUCAAGAGCAUUUUGUAUGACAUGGAUCGGAAAGGGUUUCAGCGAUUAAAGCAUCUUGACAUCGAAAACAGUGAUGACAUUCAAUAUAUUAUUAACUCAACGGUGCAGGUCCCUAGUUUAAAUGUCUUUCCCAUCCUGGAGUCUUUGUCUUUGAAUAAUUUGGUGAGCCUAGAGAAGAUUUGUUAUGGGCGACUAACAACAGGGCCUUUCACCAAAUUAAGAAUAUUAAAAGUCGGAAGAUGCAACAGAUUGAAGAGUCUCUUCUCAUUCUCCAUGGUUAGAAACCUAUCUCAGCUUCAGGAGAUGACAGUAGAAUAUUGCCAGAACAUGGAAGAGAUUGUGAUCGAUCAAAGUGGCGUAGGAGAAGACAAUAUAGAAGUGGCUGAGUUCAGUCAAUUACGUUCCCUGACACUAGGAGCUCUCCCAGCGCUCAAAAGCUUUUGCUUGAAAGUGAAGGAGUCGGCGAGUGAUGAUGGAGGAUCCAAUGAAAUUGUGUUAGAGGAUGACGUUCAUAAUCCACGGCCACUUUUCGAAAAAAUGGUUUCAUUCCCCAACUUGGAGGAACUCUCUGUAAAGUCCAUAGGAUGUCAGGAUUUGAAGUAUUUAUUUACAACUUCAUUUGUCAAAAGCCUUUUACGGCUCAAGAGACU